UCACGCGAUCACUGUGCUGGCCGCAUAGAGCUGACUGCGUCGUGAAACCAAAGCAAGAAAACUCUCGGCCGUUUUAAGUCCAGCGAGCUUAAUAACUUGGACUCAGGUUAUAAUGAAGGCAUCUAAUAACAAAGUGAAUCCUGACUUAGCGAAAGAGCGAGCGAAAGCUUCAUUUGACACAACAGAACUGACUUACCUGCUUCAUGGAGGACGACAGAAGACGGAGAGGAAGAGAUUCUUAGAGUCUUUGUUAGUGAAGGAUCCUGUGUUUAGCAAGGAAGAUGAAUAUGUCCUGGACCGCAAGCAUAAUUAUGAGAGAAAUUUGCAGAAAGGAUUACAGAUUGUCAAACUGGCCAAGAAAUAUCAAAUCACUGAUCAACAGGAGUUGGGCAUGUUAGAAAAGUCUGCAGGGGGUAUUUUUCCAUUUCACCUUAGCAGAGUUAUGUUUAUUCCCACUUUAAAGGGUCAGGGAACAGAGGAACAGAAAGCCAAGUGGCUGCCUUUAGCAGAAUCUUAUCAGAUUAUUGGAACUUAUGCACAGACUGAACUAGGACAUGGGACUUUUGUGCGAGGCUUGGAGACUACAGCAACAUACGACAAGACAACGCAAGAGUUUGUUAUUCAUUCACCGUCACUGUCAGCAUGUAAAUGGUGGCCAGGAAACAUGGGCAAGUCUUCAAAUUUUGCUGUUGUGCCUGCAAGGCUAAUAGUAGAUAAAAAGGAUCAUGGAAUACAGAUGUUCAUAGUUCAGCUGCGGGAUCGACAGACACAUCAGCCUCUGCCUGGUGUAACGGUAGGAGAUAUUGGAGCCAAAUUUUCUCCAACUCUGAAUGGAGCUGACAAUGGAUAUCUAAUGUUUGACCAUGUACGAAUUCCACUCGACCAAAUGCUGAUGGGGCUAGCAAAGCUUUCCCCUGAUGGCACCUUCACCAAACCAGCAAACACCAAACUUUUGUAUGGCACCAUGAGUUUUGUGCGAGCAGCCAUUGUUCAUGAUUGCUACGGCGGACUUUCCCAAGCAAUAACCAUUGCUAUUCGUUACAGUGCAGUACGGAGGCAGAGUCAACUCAAACCUAGUGAGCCGGAAGCACAGAUUAUCGCCUAUAAAACCCAACAGUACAAACUGUUACCAGGUUUAGCCAUGGCUUAUGCUACCAAGUUUACUUUUGACCAUGUCUGGAGAUCAUUUCAAGAAAUGCAGAAGCAAGUUGCUGCGGGAGAAUUUUCUAUGUUACCAGAGGUGCAUGCUAUCACCAGUGGUCUUAAAGCGUUCUGUACAUCAACAUCCAUGCACCAUGCUGAGACAUGUCGACUGGCUUGUGGUGGACAUGGUUUCUUACUGUACAGCGCUCUUCCUGGGUUAUACACAGUGCUAAAUGCUGCUUGCACUUACGAGGGAGAUAAUGACGUUCUUUAUUUACAAGUAGCUAGGUAUCUUAUGAAAUGUACUUCACAAGUUAAACAGGGUAAGACACCUCCCUUGUCACUUUCAUUCUUGUCGCGGAAACCAGAAUUGUGUCCAGUAACAAGAGGUGAAGAAUUCUUGGAUCCUCAAGUGCAAAGGAAAAUUUACUAGGAUAGAACAUCAAGCGAGGUUAUGGCUGUGGCAGAGAGAUUGCAGAGCAGAAUCUUUUCUGGAAUGGAUUCUGCUGAUGCUUGGAAUGAAGUGUCCGUAGACUUGAUACGUUGUGCAAAGGUAAAUCUUGCUGACAGAUUUUAUAAAGAAUUGAAACGAAAUGAGUACGAAGUAGGCCCUUUGAACGAUCUGGUCACAUGGUGCAAUAUCACACAUGCUGGGACGCAAGUUGCACGGUGGGACUUCCAAAACAAAGCAAUUCGUACCAGUCCACCUUGACUUGUUAUUUUGCGUGGUGUUCGGUUAAGGAAGGACUGGGUACUAGUAUUGCAGGGUGCGCUGGGUGUGAUGGGAUGCGACGAGGAUAGAAUCGCGAGAGAACUGAACACCAGCGCAAAACAGGAGACUUGACGAGGGAGAGAGGCUUUAAAGAGUCUACGCGGCGGAAGCCCGGUGUGUUUAAUCGUGUGGGUGAUGACCCAAUGUUUUGUUACCGGUAUUUAGACCCAUCUGAGCCCCUAUUGUUUAGUGUCAGUGUUACCAGUUAGUAAAUUCAACUUAAGUAAAUUUACUAAUACUUUAUUUCGAACCACAAGUUCGCAAAAAGUUAGAUCCAAGACGCCUAUUCUGAGGUCUCAUUUUUCUCGGCAAGUUGUUGGCUUGAACGUAAACAACAGA